AUGCAAUCUUUGAACGAUCAUUACGAUUCUAUAGAUAUUCAUGUACGUUGGUCUGAUAGACAAGACCUUAUUUUAAACAUAUCACCUAUUGAAACUAUUCAAACUGUCAAAGAUAAGAUUAAAAGUUCAUCAACUCGUACUGAAAAUAAAUAUCUUCGACUGAUUCACAAUGGCCGUGUUUUGGAGGAUAAUAAGACUCUUUUAGAUUACAAUAUUGGCAAGUUGCCAUUACGGAACUCUAAACAAAAAAUUGCACCACCUUCACCUGUUUUUAUUCAUUGCUCUGUAUCUGACUACAAACCUGAAAAAAAGACUAUCAAUAAUCAACCACAAAUGACUGCAUCUAUUGGAUUUGAUCGAUUACGAGAAGCUGGUUUCUCAGAAGAAGACAUUCGAAAUAUUCGUACUCAGUUUCAUAGGAUGAAUGGUUUGUCCCAAGUUGGCGAUGAAACAUCGGAUCAAGCAAGGAACCUGGAAGAACAAUGGAUGGACAAUACUGGUGAAACUUUACCUGAUGGAAGUAAGGAGAGGGAUUGA